CGCGCUUUUAUAAACACUCCGUAAUGCUGUUUCCAUAGCAAUGGCGUCGAAUUGUCAAGAAAUAUCUAGAUUUUUCGGAAUUACCUAUAAAUUCGACAUCUAGUGCUUGUCCUGCAGUUUAAAUUCGAAUUCUGGCCUGCGUUUUCGUGCUUUCCUUGUGACAGCGAUCCGAAUUUAUUUAAUUCUGCACUUGAGCUGAGUGUUAUCUUGCAAUUUGUGAGCCGUGUUGCUUUGUUUACAUUUGGAGCAAACGUUUGUUUACAUCUGAUUCGAAAUGGCUUUGCUACCUUGGAUAUCCCGAAGUUGGUGGGAUCCAUGGGAGUAUCCAUCCCGAGUUUUUGACCCAUUUUUUGGACUGAGAUCUUAUGACAGUGAGUUUCUACCACCUACGUUAUACCACGGAUUAGUGCAGCCGGGACUUGACAUCGAUUCUUCGUACUUGUCUGAAGUGAAGAACGAUCCUGAUUUGUUCAAAGUGAUGGUCAAUGUCAGUCACUUCAAGCCAGAGGAAAUCGAGGUGAAAAUUAAAGACGACAGUGUUGUCAUCCACGCUAAACAUGAAGAAAAGACUGAUCAGCAUGGAUUUGUUUCAAGAGAAUUCACGCGGCGGUACAUGCUGCCGGAAGGUACGGAAGCUGAUAAUGUGAAAUCAUCGCUUAGUCCAAAUGGAAUUCUCACAAUUGAAGCACCCAAAAAGACUGUAGAAGAACUUCCAAGUAAUGAAAGAGUUGUGCCAAUAACUGUAGAGAAACCUGGUUUUGGUAGCAGACUUAAGAAAUGGUUUGGAUUUGGAAAAUAGAUAUGUAUUUGUGCUAUGAACUAUAAACUCAUCUAAUCUGUUCUUGUUAAUAUCAAAUUUUUGAUACUAAUUAUGAUUCUAUGUGUAUAUGUUUUAACAUAAGGCAGCUGAUAUUAUUUUAGUGCUUAUAUUAA